CUUGUGGAUGUAAUGUAGAUGGAACUACUGUAGCAGGUUUAACUAAUUGUUCAUCAUCCGGGGACUGUUAUUGUAAGACCAACGUGCAGGGACAGAAGUGUGCCGAAUGUAAGGAUAACUAUUGGGGACUUGCUGAGGCUAAAACAAACGGGUGUGAAGCGUGUGUAUGUGAGUUAAAAGGGAUUCUCAAUAAUACCAACAUGUGCAAUAAAACCACAGGGGACUGUUUCUGUAAAGAAAAUACAGAGGGACGUGCAUGCGAUACAUGUAAGGCAGAGACGUGGGGUUUAUCCGAAACGAAAGAUACCGGAUGUUCACCGUGUGAUUGUGAUCCAGGAGCUUCUAUUAGUAAUGUGUGCAAUGAUAACGAUGGUCAGUGUACAUGUAGGUCGAAUAUUGCGAAUAGAGACUGUCGGACAGCUGUUACCAAUUUUUUUGCUCCCAAGUUAGAUCAUUUCAGAUUUGAUGCAGAAUUCCAGCUUAAUGUGUUGGAUGAGAAUAAAAUAGAUCGAAUUGGAGAAGGUGUUGCAGUUGGAACUGUAACUGGUCGUGGUCUGAUAUCCUUACCCACUUCAACUAACAUGGUACAGCUACAAUUCACAACUAAACUUAAUAAACAAUUUGAUGUGGUUCUUAGAUACGAGACACCAACAGAGAUAACGGGUAUAACUGGUGACAUUAAGCAACUUAAUGGCGUGGAAUAUACAUGCAAUGGUGCCACCAUAGCAGCAGCUAAUACAUGGACGAUACCAGCAACAAUACAAGCAAUGGCCUCUAGAGGUGGUUUGAUAUUAACUCGUUUGUGUGGUAGAAUUGACCAAUCAUACACGUUAACACUGACUACACCAUCAACUACAGGACUACUCAUUGAUUCGAUUGUACUACUACCCGUAAUAACUGAGUUACAGACGUAUAUAAAAGCUGAUAAUGAUACUAAAGUAAAACUAGAGAUGUGUCGGGAGGCGUCUAUAGGAGUUAACAUGCCAAAUCGUCUUAGUUUAAACUGUACCACACUAGAAUAUUCACUGAUGACCGAGUUAGUUGGUGGUGCGAUGGGUUGUGCGUGUAGUACAACCGGUGCCAUGCCUGACACGGUGUGUGACCAAUAUGGUGGCAAGUGUGUAUGUAAAGACGGUGUUACACUUCGAGAUUGUUCAAUAUGUAGAGUUGAUUCGUAUGGACUAGAUAUUACAGGCGGUUGUACUUUGUGUAAUUGCCACAUUAAUGGGUCAGUAAAACAGUCGUGUAAUAUGACUGGUGACUGUUCGUGUAAAACUAAUGUGACAGGUCAAAAAUGUGAUUCCUGUCUACCUGAACAAUAUGGCCUCAGCUCAGGUAAUGGAUGUCAACCGUGUACCUGUAAUUUGCAAUAUGCUAUAAAUAACACCUGUCAGGACGAUGGUCAGUGUUGGUGUAAACCAGGUAUAGGCGGUCAGAAUUGUGAUAAAUGUUUAUCUGGAUUUUAUAACCUAACCAGUGACAGUUGCACGGAAUGUGGCUGUAAUAUUGACGGUAGUGUCAGUGACGUAUGUAAUGACGUCACCGGUAUCUGUAGUUGUAAAGCUAAAACAAUGGGAGACAAAUGUGACCAAUGUCAAACAGGUUAUUUUGGAGUUGGUGGUUGGAGCGAUGAGGGUUGCAUUAAGUGUUUUUGUAGUGAACACACGACGAACUGUACGACAGGUAAAGGUUGGUACAGGUCGGAGGUCAUCAGUUCCUGGGGCGUCACAGAUUCAGCAGCUGUAGAUGAUAGAUGGUUGGGUAUUGAUAGUGAUGGUAAUAAUGUAAUGGUUGAUGAUCCUCUUCAAAUUGGUCCUCCACCUCAAUAUGUGAUGAGAAUAAUGAACUCUGCUAACAACCUCAAUAAAAGUCAUCUGUAUUUCCUGGCACCAGCUAAAUACAUAGGUGGUAAACGUACGGCUUAUGGUCAAUUCUUUACUAUGGCCCUCCGUUUAUCUACCCAUGAAGAUUUGUUGGGUAAUUACACAGAAGGAGAUGUCUGUAUGAAAGGGAGGUACACAGAUUUUGUAUUGGCUAAAGACCUUUCUUUACCUGGUACGACGAUUACACAUUACAACGUAACAUUAAAAGAAAGCGAAUGGUUUAUUAAUGGAACAGAAAACAGACAACCUACCUAUGAAGAAUUUAUGCAGGUUUUGACGGAUAUACAGUUUAUCAAGGUUCGAGGAAAGUACAGCAAUGCCAGUGAAGCAGAAACAGAUUUAUUUGAAUUCAAAUUAUAUACUGCUAGUAAAAAUAACGAAUCCAUGGUACCAAUAAAUAAUGUGGAACUGUGUUCCUGUCCACCAGAAUUUACUGGAGAAUUCUGUGAGAUGUGCGCCUCAGGGUAUAAAAGAGAAGUUCCAAAUGGCGGACCAUUUUCAACAUGUGUGGCCUGUAAAUGUAAUGGGCAUGGCGGAGGUGGCCCGUGUAACGUCACAACAGGUGCUUGUACGUGUACACACAAUACCACUGGUCUCCAUUGUGAUGUCUGUAUGGAUGGUUUCUAUGGUAACGCUUUAGCAGGAACACCAGAUGAUUGCAAACCAUGUACGUGUCCAGGUAAUGUUAUUGUGGAGGAAGUUAACGUAUUUGCUUCAAUGUGUGAAUUGGACGCCGGUGGUGGACCAAAAUGCACCAACUGUACGGAAGGCCAUGGGGGUAAUAGAUGUGAAACUUGUGUAACUGGUUAUUAUGGACAGCCAGAAAACACUACCAUGAAUGGGGGUAAAUGUGUGCCAUGCUUGUGUAAUGGAAGAGCCGAUACAUGUGAUACAGUAACCGGUAUCUGUGAGAACUGUAGAAAUAAUACAGCAGGAAAAGAGUGUGAGAUAUGUGCUGCUAAAUAUUCCGGUGAUGCCAUGACCGAUUUCUGCCAGCCUUGUGUGUGUAAUGCUACUGGUUCUGAUGGCGAAUGUGAUCCGUCUACUGGACAAUGUAAAUGUUUCCCUAAUGUUCAAGGCUUCACAUGUGAUCAAUGUGUCCAAAAUUCGUAUAAUUUUACUAGUGGUAGAGGAUGUGAUAUGUGUGAUUGUAAUUCAGAGGGUGCUAUCGGUACAACAUGUGAUCAGACUAGUGGCCAGUGUACGUGUAGAAAUAAAGUAAUCAACCGACGAUGUGAUGGUUGUGAAGACACUUAUUUUAGAUUGAAUAAAGAUACCGGCUGUGAUCCGUGUGGGUGUAAAGAGCAAGGUAUCGCCGAGGCUGUAGUAGGUGGUAAAGCUAAAGGAUCAUGCGAUUUAGCAACAGGACAGUGUUAUUGUUCACAACCAGGUAUAAUCGGUCUCAAGUGUGACACGUGUUCGAAAAACACUAAAGAGGUAUAUUCUGCUUAUAUUAGCGUAUUUAAUAUCGGUACGUUUCCCGGUUGUGUUUUAUGUGGUGAAUGUUUUGAUGGCUGGGCGAGAAAAAUAGAUAAUAUUGGUCUGGAAUUUGAUAACGUUACCCAACAAACUAAUGUAAUAAAUUCCCAUUACGGUUUAGAGACUAGUGAAUCAGUACAGGCGGAUCUAACUGAGAUAGAAACUAGCAUACAGAACGCUAAUCAAUCGGUAGCAAGAGCACAAAAUAUAACAAGCAUCGUAGAAUCCAUCAAACAAGAUUUAAAUAAAGUAUUAGAAGAUAUGAUAAAUGUAAGUGCAAGUAUAAUGGAAAUGGAAACACGUCUUAAUGCAUCACUGGUAACCCUGGAAACCGUCUAUCAAUAUACCGGUGUUGUCAACGUCGAUAACGUAUCCGUUACGGCGGACAUAUUGGAUACAAAAUUAACAAAUUUGAGCGCCGAGAUUAGAGACGCUUUUUCGAAAGCUAACGCUUCCUUUGCUCACAUUAAAGAGUUGUCUAUCCUUGUCGGUUCCGCCGAACAGACAACAAACCAGCUCCAAGCACGUGUCACCACUAGCAUGUCAAUACUUUCAGCCGCAGAACAGACGUUGGCGACGGCCGUCAACGUCUACAACGGAACCUUCUCCGAAGGAUACAACGACAACGAAGGAAGUAUAUCAGAAAUUAACAGCGUCAUAAAUUCUUCUAAAGUUACUUUAGCAGACUUGAACGCCGUUAUAGAAGAAAUGACAUCGCAAUUCAACUCGGCUAACGAAUCUGUGACCAUGGUUAUACAGAAAACUAAUGAAGUCCGAGACAGCACACAGGCCAAACUACAAGAGAGUCAAGAAGCCUAUAACCAAUCAGUGGCUUUAUCGACUGCAUCGAUGGAAACGUAUAAUUCUGCCGUGAAGUAUAAGACUGACGCAGAAGCAGCAUUGAGAAAUAUAACUAGCUCGUUCGAGGCUAUUAUAGCAGGUUCCAAGAUGUUGGUUGAUGUGAAAAACAAGAUGGCGCAAUCAAGUACGAAAGUGACUGACGUGAACGCCUUUACAAUCCGACCCAAUGCAGAUAUGACGACUAUUACUGAACAGAUUGUAAAUACGUCCAUUUCCACCGCAGACGUAGACGCAGCGAAACUCAGCGCUCAAAAUGCUUUAGAAACGGCCAAGACUGUGUUGAAUGUAACUGAAAAGGCCGUAGAGGAUUCAAGAUUAGCGUUAAAUGAAGUGACGGGUAUCCAAAAAAGUAUAGAUGAUGCUAAUACAUUAAGAUCUAAUGCUACCACACUGAAAGUCCAGGCUGAUACCCAUAAUACAACGAUAUAUCAAGCCCUUUCCCAGUCUUCAACAAAAGUCAACCAAGUGAGAAGUCUGGUAACAACUACAACAGCGGAUGUGACGAAUGUACAGAGUUUCAUAGCAACCGUUACCAAGUGUUUCCAAGAGAAAAACAGCCAAGUAUCAUCAGCCAGAAGCCUUGCAGCAGAAGCACUUGCCAAAGCAGAAGCCUUAGAAACGAGCCAAUCAGACUAUGGAGAGAUCCAGGCGAGUUUAACCCAGGCAGUGACUAAUAAAACGACUAGUCAGGCUGUAACAGAUCUACAGAAUACUAAUACAGAGUUAGAGUCCAUAAAAUCAGAUCUUGCUACAGCUGAACAAAUAGCAGAUUUAACAGCCAUGAGUCAGGAAUACGCUGCGCAGAAACAAGAGAUGACGCAACUUGAAACAGAAAUCAGGGCUUUAGAGACAGAACUAAAUGACAUGUUACAGUCUCUUGGAACGACAACAGAUGCUUCCAUGUGCCUUAAAACUUAAUCAUCUGCCUUCUUUAUAUUUGGUUUACUUUUAUCUCGCACAGUAAUUAUUUUCUAAUUUUUAAUUUUGGCUUGAUUUCACUACAGUUCCAUCGGGCAACCUCAGAUUGUAUUGUGUGAAGAAAUAGAUCUACUGAUCCAUGGCUGAGAUCAAGACUUGUGCUGACGUUUAUGAUGAUAAGUGACGUCAUUGUUAUUUUGAAUUUAGUGUUAGAUACAAUGAAAGACGUUUAUUUUUAUUUGGGAGUGAUAACUCCUCUUUAAUCCGCCCAUAAGUGACCCUCUCAACUCUUUACCAUACCGAUAAUUGUUCGCAAAUCUGAAGGCGGAAACACAUAAGAGUCGCUGGAGACGAUAUUAAACUCCAGAGAUGCCUUGUUGUGGGUAGGCCUAUUCCCUAAAAGAGUUGUCCAAUAUUUCUUGUUUGUUUAUAUUUAAUGCAUCUGAUAUUAAAAAAGUCAUAUAAAAUACAGAAUUUAUUUAGUUCCACCUUAAACCAAGAGAUUACUCGCCUUCAAACUUUUGUGACUUUAAGCUGGGAAAUGAGACAACAAAUUAGAGGAAUGCACGCCCUCCCCCCACCCCCCCACCAAUCUAUUUCAUUCCGUUUUAUUCUUAUUUCUUGCUUUAAGUCAUUUCUUUAUAGUCCAACUUCUGUAUCGUACAGAUUGUUAUUGGUAGAUUCCAUAUCAACCUACCAAUCAAAACCUUUCUGCUACACAAAAUUUUGCGAAACCUUUUAGAAGUAUCGAAACAAGUAAUUGGAUGUCUAAUCAAGGUCAAGCGCAUUAUGUUGUUGUCGUCACAGACCGAGAUUGCGCUUUCAAAGCUAAUUUCUAUUUUUGCACCGAAGUUCUUAAUAUAUGUACAUUUUAAUUAUUGGAGUUUUGUAUUUUUGAACGAAAGAUUUCGAAUUAUUCUACCAAUUGUUGAAGAACUUUUAUAUUCAUUUUGUGUUUCCUUCCUUUAGAUAAUACGGGUUGAAAUUUCUUUCUGGCUUUGUUUAAUCUACACAGCACACCUCACGCAUCUAGCGUAAAGCUCGAAACAACAAACCAUUUCAUUGGCUAAUCUCCCAUAUCAAACAAAACCAGACUUUUAAAGUCAAACCAAAUGAUACCAACAAGCAGCAGCACGAUACUAGAUCUUUGUACGAUCUGGAAAAUAUCUUUCUGUGUUUAUACCCACAAUUCUAACCCUAACCCUUCAGAAUAGUUUUACCCACAAUCCACCGUUUUUAGAUCUUCAAUUUGUACGUUUAACAUGUAAUUUGUAAACCUAACCCGAACCCUAACCCUAGAGAAACAUAUUUUCCAGAUCGUACAAAGAUCUAGUGGCCAGCGCUUUAGAUGGGACCGGAAAUGAACCUGGGGCCUGUUUCACGAAAUUUUAACUAAGAUAAAAUCCAAAUUUUAGUAAUUUGAUUGGAUAGUAUUAGACUGAUUGUAGUGCUUAGCCAAUCAAAAUUUAAGUAUCUACUAAAAUUUGGAUUUUAUCUUUAGUUAAAAAUUUCGUGAAACAGGACCCCGAUCAGUUUCCUGAAAGCGAAUUCUUUUUCCUCCACUAAUACCUACUCAAGCUGGACUUGAUUAUCAGUCAUGAACGAUGCUAUCGUAAAGCACCACCCCAACCCCACCCCACCCCUCCAAAAUAAUAAUGAAAUAAAGUAGGAUUCUGUGUUUUAAUCAGAUUGAUUUUAAUUUUGACAGCUAUGAAUAUCCAUGGUGACGGAUUCAUUUAAAUAUAUUUGUUAUUAUUUGAUACUGUAUAUUUUCAGGCACAUAAUAUUAUUGUAAAUAAAUAUUUUUAUCUAUUU